UUAAAGUGCACUUGUUGUUUGCUGACUGCGGUCACACUAACUUGAACCACCUGCAAAAGCGCGCCUAAUUUUUUGGCAUCAUCAAUUUUUAUCUUAUGUUUUUGCAAUAAACAUAAUACUUGGGUGCCGAAAUGGAUGCCAAACGCAAAUUUAAUGGAACCUCUAAUGGCCAGGCCAAAAAACCUCGGAAUUUCGAUGAUGAUGAGGAAAAUAACUUUGAGGCAGAGCUGGCUGCAUUCGAAAACUCUGAGGAGAUGGACCAGACCUUGCUACUGGGCGAUGGACCUGAGAAUCAGCAGACCAGCGAGCGUUGGUCCCGACCACGACCUCCACAACUAGAUCCCUCAAAGGACGGCUUGGAGUUUCAGCAGUUAGAUGUGGAAAAUUAUCUGGGCCAACCGCUUCCAGGGAUGCCGGGUGCGCAAAUAGGACCCGUGCCGGUGGUACGAAUGUUUGGCAUCACUAUGGAGGGCAAUUCCGUGUGCUGCCAUGUUCAUGGCUUUUGUCCGUACUUCUAUAUCGAAGCACCCAAGAAAUUCGAAGAGCGCCAUUGCGAACAACUACAAAAAGACUUGGAUCAGAAAGUUAUAGCCGAUAUUCGCAAUAAUAAGGACAAUGUACAGGAGGCUGUGUUAAUGGUUGAACUGGUGGAGAAGUUGAAUAUCCACGGUUACAACGGGGACAAAAAGCAGAGGUACAUUAAGAUCUCGCUGACACUGCCUAGAUUCGUGGCUGCCGCCUCACGUCUGCUCAAAAAUCAGGUGAUCAUGUCGGAGAUUGACUUUCAGGACUGCCGUGCCUUUGAAAAUAAUAUAGAUUUCGAUAUUCGCUUCAUGGUGGACAAUGGAGUGGUGGGCUGCAAUUGGAUUGAGUUGCCCAAAGGCCACUGGCGACUAAGAAACAGCCUCAGCAAGCCCCUGCCCGAAUCCCGCUGUCAAAUCGAAGUGGACGUUGCCUUUGAUAGGUUUAUAUCCCACGAACCCGAGGGCGAAUGGUCAAAGGUUGCUCCCUUCCGCAUCCUUUCCUUCGAUAUUGAAUGCGCUGGUCGUAAGGGAAUCUUCCCCGAAGCUAAAAUGGAUCCAGUCAUUCAGAUAGCAAAUAUGGUGAUAAGGCAAGGCGAGCGUGAACCUUUCAUCAGGAAUGUUUUUACCUUGAAUGAGUGUGCUCCCAUUAUUGGCAGUCAAGUGCUUUGCCACGAAAAAGAAACCCAAAUGCUGGACAGGUGGGCUGCCUUCGUCCGAGAAGUCGAUCCUGAUAUUCUGACGGGCUAUAACAUCAACAACUUUGAUUUCCCAUACUUACUCAAUCGGGCAGCGCACUUGAAGGUGAAGAACUUUGAGUAUUUGGGCAGAAUCAAGAACAUCCGUUCGGUGAUCAAAGAGCAGAUGCUACAGUCCAAGCAGAUGGGCCGUCGGGAGAACCAGUAUGUUAAUUUCGAGGGACGGGUUCCCUUUGAUCUUCUGUUUGUCCUGUUGCGCGACUACAAAUUGCGAUCAUAUACACUAAACGCUGUGAGCUAUCACUUUCUGCAGGAGCAAAAGGAGGACGUGCAUCAUAGCAUCAUCACGGACCUUCAGAAUGGAGAUGAGCAAACACGGCGCCGUUUGGCCAUGUACUGCUUAAAAGAUGCCUACCUACCGCUACGACUGCUGGAGAAACUAAUGGCCAUUGUGAACUACAUGGAAAUGGCCAGGGUAACGGGUGUGCCGCUAGAGUCUCUGCUCACCCGUGGUCAGCAGAUAAAAGUAUUAAGUCAGUUGUUGCGCAAAGCUAAAACCAAAGGAUUUAUAAUGCCGUCGUAUACCUCUCAAGGAUCGGAUGAACAGUACGAGGGAGCCACUGUGAUUGAGCCCAAACGAGGCUACUAUGCCGAUCCCAUCUCCACACUGGAUUUCGCCUCGCUGUACCCAAGUAUUAUGAUGGCACAUAACUUGUGCUACACCACUCUGAUCUUGGGUGGCACUCGGGAGAAGCUAAGGGAGCAGGAGAAUAUCCAGGACGAUCAAGUGGAGCGCACACCGGCCAACAAUUACUUUGUGAAAUCGGAGGUGCGUCGAGGCCUCCUUCCCGAGAUCCUGGAAUCGCUGCUGGCAGCCAGAAAGCGGGCCAAAAACGACCUUAAAGUGGAAACUGAUCCGUUUAAAAGAAAGGUUUUGGAUGGCAGGCAGCUGGCGUUAAAAAUCUCCGCUAACUCCGUAUAUGGAUUCACAGGCGCUCAGGUGGGAAAGUUACCUUGUCUAGAGAUUUCUGGCAGUGUUACCGCCUAUGGACGUACCAUGAUUGAAAUGACCAAAAACGAGGUGGAGUCGCACUACACCCAGGCCAAUGGCUACGAGAACAAUGCGGUGGUCAUUUACGGCGACACGGAUUCCGUGAUGGUUAAUUUUGGCGUUAAAACACUGGAGCGAAGCAUGGAGUUGGGACGCGAAGCAGCAGAGCUUGUGAGCUCCAAGUUUGUGCAUCCCAUAAAACUGGAGUUCGAAAAAGUGUACUAUCCGUAUCUCCUGAUCAACAAGAAACGCUAUGCGGGCUUGUACUUUACGCGUCCAGAGACCUACGACAAAAUGGACUGCAAGGGCAUUGAAACCGUGAGGAGAGACAACUCCCCACUGGUGGCCAACCUGAUGAACUCCUGCCUGCAGAAACUGCUCAUUGAAAGGGAUCCCGAUGGAGCAGUGGCCUAUGUUAAACAGGUGAUAGCCGACCUCCUGUGCAACCGGAUAGACAUCUCGCAUCUGGUCAUCACCAAGGAGCUGGCGAAGACGGAUUACGCAGCUAAGCAGGCACACGUCGAGCUGGCUGCCAAGAUGAAGAAAAGGGAUCCGGGUACGGCUCCCAAGUUAGGCGAUCGAGUUCCUUAUGUGAUCUGUGCGGCAGCUAAAAAUACUCCAGCUUAUCAGAAGGCAGAGGAUCCGUUGUACGUUCUGGAGAACAGCGUGCCCAUCGAUGCUAAUUAUUAUCUGGAGCAGCAACUAUCGAAGCCCUUGCUAAGGAUCUUUGAACCUAUUUUGGGGGACAAUGCUGAAUCCAUUUUGUUGAAAGGAGAGCAUACACGCACUCGAACUGUGGUCACGUCCAAAGUGGGUGGCUUGGCUGGCUUUAUGACCAAGAAAACCUCCUGCUUGGGCUGCAAAUCUUUAAUGCCCAAGGGGUACGAGCAGGCCUGCCUGUGUCCACAUUGCGAGCCACGGAUGAGUGAGCUCUACCAGAAGGAGGUGAGCGCGAAGAGGGAACUGGAGGAGCACUUCUCCCGCCUCUGGACCGAGUGCCAGAGGUGUCAGGAAUCCUUGCAUGAGGAGGUGAUUUGCUCGAAUCGAGAUUGCCCCAUCUUCUACAUGCGACAAAAGGUGCGCAUGGAUCUGGACGCACAGGAGAAGAGAGUGCAGCGUUUCGGACUGCCCGAGUGGUGAUCGAUGCAUGAAUUUACCGAUUUACUGAAUUGUUUAAUCCUAUAAUUUAAUAAUUAUAUUACUAGAAGUUA